CGUCAGCGCGCCUGCGCGGCGGGAAGCCCGGGGUGGUGAUCCCAGCCCCGGCAGCGGCCAGUCCAGGACUUGGCGGUCACCUUAGGGGAACACAGACGGACCUGAACUAGCCGCUCUGUCUGGGGGCGUGUCUGUGCGUUGCACCGCCCUUCCCCGCUCCGCUAAGCCUCUGAUCGCUCUUGUUUUCCAGGGCGCUGCUGCUCUUUCCCGCGCGGACUACACCUCCAACCCACCUCGGAUAAUGGCGACAGCUGAGGUACUGAACAUUGGGAGAAAACUCUAUGAGGGUAAAACAAAAGAAGUCUACGAGUUGUUAGAUAAUCCAGGAAGAGUCCUCCUGCAGUCCAAGGACCAGAUUACAGCAGGAAAUGCAGCUAGAAAGAACCACCUGGAAGGCAAAGCCGCGAUCUCCAACAAGAUUACCAGCUGUAUUUUUCAGUUGUUAAAGGAUGCCGGUAUCAAAACCGCUUUCACCAAGAAACAUGGGGAGACUGCUUUCAUUGCACCCCAGUGUGAAAUGAUUCCAAUUGAAUGGGUGUGCCGAAGAAUAGCAACUGGAUCUUUUCUCAAAAGGAAUCCUGGUGUAAAGGAGGGGUAUAAGUUUUACCCACCAAAGGUGGAGAUGUUCUUCAAGGAUGAUGCCAAUAAUGACCCACAGUGGUCUGAAGAACAACUCAUUGCUGCAAAGUUUUGUUUUGCUGGACUUGUUAUAGGCCAGACUGAAGUGGACAUCAUGAGUCAUGCUACACAAGCUAUUUUUGAAAUCCUGGAGAAAUCGUGGCUGCCCCAGAACUGUACACUGGUCGAUAUGAAGAUCGAAUUUGGUGUUGAUGUAACCACCAAAGAGAUUGUUCUUGCUGAUGUUAUUGAUAAUGAUUCCUGGAGACUCUGGCCAUCAGGAGAUCGGAGCCAGCAGAAAGACAAACAGUGUUACCGUGACCUUAAGGAGGUAACUCAGGAAGGACUCCAGAUGGUAAAGAAAAACUUUGAGUGGGUUGCAGAUCGAGUGGAGUUGCUUCUGAAGUCUGACAGUCAGUGCAGGGUCGUAGUGCUGAUGGGUUCAACUUCGGACCUUGGGCACUGUGAGAAAAUUAAGAAGGCCUGUGGAAAUUUUGGGAUUCCAUGUGAACUUCGAGUAACAUCUGCCCAUAAAGGACCAGAUGAAACUUUAAGGAUUAAAGCAGAAUAUGAAGGGGAUGGCAUACCUACUGUAUUUGUCGCAGUGGCAGGCAGAAGCAAUGGUUUGGGCCCAGUGAUGUCUGGUAAUACUGCAUAUCCAGUUAUCAGCUGUCCCCCCAUCACACCCGACUGGGGUGCUCAGGAUGUCUGGUCAUCUCUUCGAUUGCCCAGUGGUCUUGGCUGUUCAACUAUACUUUCUCCAGAAGGAUCUGCCCAGUUUGCUGCUCAGAUAUUUGGGUUAAACAACCAUUUGGUGUGGGCCAAACUUCGAGCCAGCAUACUGAACACGUGGAUAUCUUUAAAGCAAGCUGACAAGAAAAUCAGAGAAUGCAAUUUGUAAAAGUAAUUUCUAGGAGAAAAGUUACACAUUCCCAGUUUGGAUUAAAAAGAAAAGAAUUCAAGCAAAAUGAUUUCACAUCAGAGAAAACAAUUCAGUUUACUAGUGAACAAAUGCACCUAGAUGUAUGAGUUGACAGGUUGUCACUGAGUAUUUGUUACUGAUAUUUUCUAGCUCUGAAUAGUGAUGUAUCUCUGUAACCUCAUUACACCAGAGGCUGAGGCAGAAGAUCUACAUGUUGAGAUCCUAUUAAAAAAAAAAAACCACUAUAGUAGGAAAAUUGGUAUGACACUAUUAAAUUAUAUACCACCUACCAUAUAGCCAUUGUUGGGCAGUCCUGUAACAUUAGCAAAGAAAUGUCACUGAUGGGCUGGAGCUGUGGCUCUCUCGCAGAGGAACUGAGUUUGUUCUCAAUAUCCAUGUGGAACAGCUCACAAUCACCUGUUACUUCUAAUUAUGAUUUCUAAAUGCUAGUAAUCACUUUUGGUAAAUCAGUAGUUGCUACUUGAUCUUCUACAGUUCAUGAUUUGAAAAUUAAAAUAUUUGUAUUGUUUACGCUAAUAACUA